CAGCACAAAGACUUUUCGUGAUUUCAGACAGCCUUAAAGAAAACAAACCCAUUUCUAGAAUGAAUCCACACAACCACCAGGAAGGAAAAUAACACGUUGCUGUGUCAAAGCCUUGAUCAAGAAUCUGGUCAACAUGGGCGGCUCAACAGCUCCUACCUUGCCAAAAUCUUUUCUUUUUUCUCUCCCCUGCAUUCUUUCUUCACUAAUACCAUGAGAGAUUGACCACUGUUUUGUGUUGAUUUAUAUAUUAAAAAAAAAACUUAGUUUAUGUUACCCGGAUUAAAGAAAACAAGAAUUCGAAGAAGCUAACGUGCACUCGCUCCAAGAUUUGGUGCCUUUUGGUCUACAUCCAGGCGCUGGGCUUCAACGGCAAUUCGAAUAUUUUCGACUUUACACAAAUAUUGAAUUGAAACGGAAACAUCCUCGAGAUCGAUUCUUUCCGUCUAUUCGCCUUCAGCAUGUUUGCGACUAGAUUCUUGCACCUGAUCACAACUGUAUAGCUCAAGCAAGAAGAAGAAGAAGAAGGAGCUGAAGAAUAAGAAGGAGAAGAGAGAUUGCCGGUAAUUAUCAUGUUAGAGGAGGAAACUGAUCCGUGGCGGAUCAUCCUGUUUGCUUUCUUGGUGUUUCUUGGAGUUAGUGUUGUUCUUGGAAACUCUCUGGACACGGACAGAGCAGUGCUGUUGGAUCUGAAAUCAUUCCUUGAAGAGCACAAUCCGGUGAACAGAGGUCACUACUCUCAAUGGAAUCCUGAGAGCUCAAGCCCAUGUGAUUGGGAGGGCAUCAUGUGCAAUUACAAUAGGACGAGGGUCACUGGGGUGAACCUCUCCGAGAACGGCAUCUCGAAUACCUUGUUCUCGAAUUUCUCCGCCUUGACAGAGCUCUCUCAUCUUGAUCUCUCGAAGAACACCCUCAGCGGGCAGAUUCCAGCUGAUUUGAGCUGCUGCAACAGACUUGUGUACCUCAACUUAUCGCACAACAUCCUCGGCGGCGAACUGAACUUGACUGGUUUGAGCAGCCUGGAGACACUUGAUUUAUCGAAGAAUCGCAUUGGUGGCGGGAUUCAGACAAGUUUUCCUGCAAUUUGCAACAGCUUGGUGGUUCUGAACAUUUCGGAGAAUAAUCUCACUGGUAGCAUCGAGGAUGUCUUUAAUCAGUGCUAUAAGUUGCGGUAUCUUGAUUUGAGCAUGAAUAAUUUCAGCGGGCACAUAUGGAAAUGGUUUGGAAGGCUUUGGCAGUUCUUUAUUUCGGACAAUUUUUUGAGCGGAAGUAUCCCUGCAUCGAGUUUUACGGAGAAUUGCACUUUAGAAGUAUUGGAUUUAUCCGGAAAUAAUUUCUCAGGGCAGUUUCCGGGACAAAUUUCGAACUGCCGGAACUUGGUCAUAUUGCAUCUUUGGGGAAACAAAUUCACGGGCCAAAUUCCACAGGAAAUAGGGUCGAUUGCCGGUCUCAAAGCUUUGUUUCUAGGAAACAACAGCUUUUCCAGAAAUAUUCCCGAUUCUCUGCUCGACUUGAAGAGCUUGGCUAUUUUGGACUUGAGCAGGAAUAACUUUGGGGGUGAAAUACAAGAGACUCUGGGGAAGUUCACACAGGUCAAGCGUCUAGUACUGCACACAAAUUCCUACACUGGUGGAUUGUAUUCGUCUGGUAUUCUUAAUCUGUCGAACAUUGUCAGAUUAGAUCUGAGCGUCAACAAUUUAUCUGGUCCGCUGCCUGUUGAAUUUUCGCGAAUGCCGAGUUUGAAAUACUUGUAUCUCGCUUUCAACCAAUUCAACGGAAGCAUACCCUUGGAGUAUGGUGACUUUGCGCGCCUCCAGGCACUCGAUCUCUCCUCCAAUGAACUGACUGGGACGAUCCCCUCGAGCCUUGGAAAGUUGAGCUCUCUUUUGUGGUUGAUGCUGGCGAAUAAUCAGCUUGGAGGCGAGAUUCCGCCAGAAAUCGGGAACUGCUCUAGCUUGUUAUGGUUAAACCUGGCUAACAACAAGCUCUCUGGACAUAUACCACCGGAGCUAUCAAAUAUUGGCCACAACCCGAUGGCUACUUUUGAAUCGAACCAGCUAAGUGACAGGAUCGUACCUGGCUCGGGCGAGUGCUUAGCGAUGAAGAGAUGGAUUCCUGCAGAUUAUCCUCCUUUCAGUUUCGUGUACGCCAUUCUUACCAGGAAAACAUGUCACAACAUAUGGGACCAAUUGCUCAAAGGAGCCGGGCUAUUCCCGAUAUGCGCUCCCGGUACAUCGGUCAGGACGUAUCAGAUAUCGGGUUAUGUUCAGCUCAGUCAGAACGUGCUCUCCGGUGAGAUUCCUUCUGAUAUCGGCAAGAUGCGCAACUUUAGCAUGUUGAACCUCGGCGUCAAUGACUUUUCUGGGAAGCUCCCUCGGGAAAUACGAGAAUUGCCCCUGGUGGUUCUGAACAUUUCCGAAAACAGGUUCUCCGGGCAAAUCCCGUGGGAAAUAGGCGAGAUCAAGUGCCUCCAGAGUCUCGACUUGUCCUACAACAAUUUCUCGGGCACUUUCCCGGCGAGCCUGAACACGUUGACUGAGCUGAGCAAGUUCAAUGUUUCCUACAAUCCAAUGAUAUCCGGCGUGAUCCCCGCGACCGGGCAGUUUGGCACGUUUGAGAAAGAGUCCUUCCUCGGCGACCCUCUCUUGAUCCUUUCGUCUUUCCCUAAUCAAUCUGCCCAUUCGUCCGUAAAUAACACGAGACCAGGCCCGAAGAAGCCUCCGAAGUUCAGGGUCUUUCUGGUACUCUUUGGUCUGGUUCUCACUUUCUUGGCAUUUGGGAUCUUAUCAUUCAUACUCUUCUCGUCGGUCAAGAGCCCGCUCGACUUACCCGAAUACCUGCUGGAAGAAAAGAAGUACCGCCGCAAAUUCGGAUCGAGCUCGAGCAGUUCGUCCCCAUGGUUGUCCGAGUCAGUUCCGGUGAUCCAAUUAGUUAAGAGAGCAUUUACUUACGGCGACAUCUUGAAGGCGACGAGCAAUUUUUCGGACGAGAAAGUAAUCGGGAAGGGCGGUUUCGGGACGGUCUACCGAGGCGUGCUGCCGGAUGGGAGAGAGGUGGCCGUGAAGAAGCUCCAAAGUGAAGGCAUUGAGGGAGAGAAAGGGUUCCAAGCCGAGAUGGAGGUCUUGUGCGGGGACUGCUUCGAUUGGCCGCACCCGAAUCUCGUGCCGCUCUACGGCUGGUGCCUCCACCGGUCGGAGAAGAUACUAGUCUACCAGUACAUGGAGGGAGGGAGCUUGGAGGAUCUCAUCCCGGAUCGAGUGCACAUGACAUGGCAGAGGCGGAUGAGCGCGGCGGUCGACGUGGCCCGCGCCCUGGUGUUCCUGCACCACGAAUGCUACCCUCCGAUAGUGCACCGCGACGUAAAGGCGAGCAAUGUGCUGCUCGACAAGGGCGGGACGGCCCACGUGACGGACUUCGGCCUGGCUCGGGUCGUGGACGUUGGGGACAGCCACGUCAGCACGAUGGUGGCCGGCACGAUCGGCUACGUGGCGCCCGAGUACGGGCAGACGUGGAAGGCCACGACCAAGGGCGACGUGUACAGCUUCGGGGUACUCAUAAUGGAGCUGGCCACCGGGAGGCGGGCCGUGGACGGUGGGGAGGAGUGCCUGGUGGAGUGGACGAAGAGGGUCAUGGGGAGCGGGCGCCGGUCCGCCAUCCCCGUCGCGCUCAUGGGGUCCGGGCUGGCGGAGGGCGCCGAGGAGAUGUGCGAGCUGCUGACGGUCGGGACGCGGUGCACGGCCGAGUCGCCGCAGGCCAGGCCGAACAUGAAGGAGGUGCUGGGCAUGCUGUUCAGGGCAUCAAGCCGUCAGUCCAACCGUUCUCAUUCCUCUUCACCACCUGAUUCAAAAUCUUUUCCGAGCGUGUUGUAGUCGGAGACAAACGUCCAUUAGCGGUUAGGAAAAUGUUUUUCUGUCUUUCUUGGUUUUGGUCUGAUCACAUUCUUCUUGUACACAGGAAACAUCGGUUUUGAUAUCAAUACAAAGAUGAUCAUACAGUGAACCAAA